AUGGAUCACGAUCCUUUCUUCGCGAGCAGCGACUCGCGCCGGUCAAAGCGGUGGGCACCCACUGACGGUGGCCAGCCCAUCUCCAAGCGAGGCAAGGGUGGGAAGCGCCGCCAGCGAGAUGAGGAGAUCCCUUCUGAUGACGAAGGGGACGACGGAAGCGGGCUCACCCUCGAUGCAGAGAUCCAGCAAGCAUUUGCAGACGAUGACGAUGACGACCUGUCAGAGGACGAGACCCUGGUGCAGGAAACGGCCGCGGAGAAGCGGCUGCGCAUGGCCAAGGAGAUUAUCGAACAGAUUGAGGAGCAGGAGAAGGAGAAGGAGCUGGAAGGAGACAUGCUCACAAAGGCCAUCUCCCAUCGCUUGCGACAAGAGGUGCACAAGCAGAAAGGCGUGCUGCGUCGUCAGCUGGCCCACACGCUGCGCCACAAGGCCGUUGACCCUGCCGCCACCGUCACCACCCGCGGCCAUCGCCUUCCAGUGACCAGCGCAGUCAUCUCUGCAGACACCCGCUAUGUCGUCACCGCGUCCAAAGACGGAAGCAUCAUCAAGUGGAUGCGCGACUCAGGCACGCGUCUGCACACGUGGAAGCGCAAGUCCAAGAACAACCCCACUGGACACACGGGCCACGUUCUCGCGCUUGCCCUGAACACAGACGGCACCUUCCUUGCCAGCGCUGGCACAGAUGCCAUCAUCAACAUCUGGGACUUUCAAACACACAGCCACGUCAAGUACCUUCGGGGCCACCGUGGAAACAUCAACGGGCUGGCGUUUCGGCUCGGGGAGAACACCCUGUUCAGCGCAUGCGACGAUCGCACAGUCAAGGUGUGGAACAUUGACUCGUUAUCGUACGUGGAGACGCUGUUUGGGCACCAGGAUCAGGUGCUUGCCGUGGACAGCCUGCACAGGGAACGCGCCGUCAGUGUUGGCGGCAGAGACCGCUCCCUCCGCUUGUGGAAGAUUGUUGAGUCGUCGCAGCUGGUGUUUGCAUCCACGGGCAUCAGCCUCGACUGCAUUGCAAUGGUGACAGAGCUUCAUUUCCUCACCGGCAACCAAAACGGCGCGCUGAGUCUGUGGGACAUUGGCAAGCGAAAGCCCGUGUGUACAGUUCCUCGUGCGCACGGCAAGGACAGCUGGAUCACCGCUGUUGCUGCGGUUCCCUACAGCGACCUCACUGCUUCCGGCUCAAACAACGGCUGCAUUCGCCUGUGGAGCACGGAUGCCCGCAGUGCCCGCAUCAGCCCCGUCAUGUCCAUCAACGCGGUCGGAUGGGUGAACUCGCUCAAGUUUACGGCUGACGGCGCCUUCCUCGUGGCAGCACUCGGCAAGGAGCCGCGCCUUGGACGGUGGGACUGCGUUGCUGAUGCGAAGAACGAGACACGCGUGUUUUCGCUGGCGGCCACCAGCCUUGUGAAGGAGGAUGACGUCAAGGCAGAGGGCACGGCGCGGCGCGGCGACAAUGGAGCAAAGAUGAAUGGGCACGCUGGCAAGAAGGGGAAGCCCGUGGCUGUUCGCGAGGAGAAGGAAGAGGCCUCUGGACGCGACUUUGCGGCAGCGGUGAUGAAGGCGACGUCGCUGGCGUCGGACUUUGAUGGCGCGCACACGGACGUGCCGGCGCUGAGCCUGCCACCUGUGAAGGAUGAGGACGAGGAUGAGAAGGAUGAGGAUGAUGAUGAGACAGAAGACGAGGAGGAGGAAGAGAAGGCGGGUGAUGACACCAGCGACGCUGUGAACGCAGCAGAAGGUGGAGUUGAAGAGAAGAAAGAGGAAGUGGAGGAAGGAGACGGGGCUGAGAACCAGGGCAGCACAGCCGCAGAGGAUGCAGAGAGCAACAAGCAGGAGGGAAAAGGAAAAAGCGCGCGGAAGCAGCAGAAUGUGCUGCUCACCCCAACAAGGCGCAGCAGCCGUUUGAGGAACAAGCGGGCGCCUCGGUGA